AUUUAUUAUUAUAAUCUAAGAGAAUGUCUAAAGGUUUUGCUCUGAAUUUCAAAAAUGACAACGUGAUGACUUUUGAAUAAGAAAAUGAACUGUAUGCUGGGCAGAGCAUAAAAGUAAAUCAUAUAGAUAUUAUCUAGUUAAAAUUUAAAUAGGAAGAGAAGCAAUUUGAGUUAGAGGUAAGGAUAAUUUGCUCAUAACAAGUUAGUUUAAAGUAGGAUAAGAUGUGGAAUGGGCUAAAAAAUGUGUUGCUGAAAUAUUAGAUUGUAGUAGAAAUGAUUUUGUAAUAUAAUUAAGUAAAUAUGUAAAUAGGACUUGAUUUUUGAGGAAAAGGUAAUGCCAGAAUUCUUUUCUCUAAAUGAUAUUCCUAAUUUAAAGGAUUAAUCAUACAUUAUAAUAAAAAUGAAGAUUUGA